UACGCCAUCGUUGUGAAAUGUCUAUAAGCCAACAUCUGCUACGAUGAGCGGUGUCCGUAUUGAAACCAGUAUCUGACACGUGAUGUGUGCAAAAUGUUUCAGUUUCAUUACCAUUUACUGCUUUAAAUAUGUAGGCUACGUACAAUCCAUUCGGUACCAACUGAAGAGGGGAUGCCGAGGCCUACUACAGCGUGCGUAAUACGACCAUCAUGUCAAUAUCAGUGUCCGGACGUGAUUCUUGACGCCAUCUAGCUGCGUAAAGUGCGUAAUACAGCCUACCUAUCAUUUGUGCAUCGUGGUUUCGUCAGUGGAGCGUUGUGCGCGUGCCUUUCCACUCAAUAGGCAUGUUUUUACUAGAUCGCUUGUGUUUGCCGAUACAUUUCGUCGCAUGAAUUGCGGUCUAUGUAGUGAUCAAACCGUAGCGUUUUUCCAGGGAACCACAACAGUAGGUCUUGUGUCAUUUGCUGCAGCCGGGAGUUGUGCCCCUCACCUCAUCAAAGCCGAAUCCGUCAUGACCUCUCUCCGCGCUUCCCAAAUACGCUAAAUGGGAUUUGUGGUCUGGCCGAGGUUCAACAGCAGCUGGAUAUCCGUUUCCAUUAUUUCUCUAAUGAGGACAGCGAUUAGAAUUUAAUUGAACAUCUCGUUCGCGCGUCUGUGAUUUAAGAAUCAAUCUCAGGACGCAUUAAAAGGUCCGCGCACAUGGGGGCGGGCAAGAGCAAGCCCAAGGAGCCCGGCCAGCGCUCCAUGAGCCUGGACGGGACCAUCGGCACCGGCUCGGACAGCGGACACUUCCACCACCUGGGGCCGGCCCAGCAGACCCAGACCCCCAACCGGAGCCCCGCGGCGGGGACGGGCCGGCGGGAGCACCGGGGGCAGCACCAGCACGCGCCCUCAAACACCCCGGAGCUGGCUCUGUUCGGAGGCGUGGACCACACGGGCACGCUCACCUCGCCCCAGAGGGGCCCGCUGUCAGGCGGUGUCACUACGUUCGUGGCCCUGUAUGACUACGAGUCACGGACGGCCUCCGACCUCACCUUCAAGAAGGGGGACAGGCUGCAGAUCGUCAACAACACGAGAAAGUACAGCUUCAGGGAAGGGGACUGGUGGCUGGCUCGCUCCCUGACGACCGGAGAGAGCGGGUACAUCCCCAGCAACUACGUGGCCCCAUCCGACUCCAUCCAAGCAGAAGAGUGGUAUUUUGGGAAGAUCACUCGGAGAGACUCUGAGAGGCUCCUGUUGAGCUUGCAGAACAGACGGGGAACGUUCUUGGUACGCGAGAGCGAGACCACCAAAGGGGCGUACUGUCUGUCGGUGUUGGACUAUGACAACACCAAAGGGCUGAACGUGAAGCACUACAAGAUCCGCAAGCUGGACAGCGGGGGCUUCUACAUCACAUCCCGCACCCAGUUCAGCAGCCUCCAGCAGCUGGUCUUCCACUACCGCAAGCACUCAGACGGCCUAUGUCACUCGCUGACGGACGUGUGUCCCGUGGCCAAGCCCCAGACCCAGGGGCUGGCGCGGGACGCCUGGGAGAUCCCCCGCGAGUCCCUCCGCCUGGACCUCAAGCUGGGCCAGGGCUGCUUCGGGGAGGUCUGGAUGGGCACCUGGAACGGGACGACGCGUGUGGCCAUCAAGACCCUGAAGCCGGGCACCAUGUCCCCCGAGGCCUUCCUGCAGGAGGCCCAGGUGAUGAAGAAGCUGCGGCACGAGAAGCUGGUGCAGCUGUACGCCGUGGUGUCGGAGGAGCCCAUCUACAUCGUCACCGAGUACAUGAGCCAAGGUAGUUUACUGGACUUCCUCAAAGGUGACGCAGGGAAGUUGCUUCGUCUUCCUCAGCUCGUUGACAUGGCCUCUCAGAUUGCAGCGGGCAUGGCGUACGUGGAGCGGAUGAACUACGUGCACCGGGACCUGCGGGCGGCCAACAUCCUGGUGGGGGACAGCCUGGUGUGUAAGGUGGCCGACUUCGGCCUGGCGCGGCUCAUCGAGGACAACGAGUACACGGCCCGACAGGGAGCCAAGUUUCCCAUCAAGUGGACGUCUCCGGAGGCAGCUCUGUACGGCCGCUUCACCAUCAAGUCAGACGUCUGGUCCUUUGGUGUGCUGCUCACAGAGCUGGCCACCAAGGGAAGAGUCCCUUACCCAGGGAUGGUGAACCGCGAGGUGCUGGACCAGGUGGACCGGGGCUACCGGAUGCCCUGUCCGUCCGAGUGCCCCGGCUCCAUGCACGAGCUGAUGCUGUCCUGCUGGCGGAAGGAGCCCGAGGAGCGGCCCACCUUCGAGUACCUGCAGGGCUUCCUGGAGGACUACUUCACGUCCACGGAGCCCCAGUACCAGCCCGGGGAGAACCUAUAGAGACACUGUAUGCUAGCCCCGCCCUCCCCUCAUCGCCCCUCCCUGCCCCUUCGCCUCAAGAAGCUUUUACAGUCAAUCCAUCUGCAUUCCCCCCCCCCCCCUUCAUGGAGAGAGCUCUGUUCUCUUCUUUUUUCUUUGUUUUUAAAUCCAUUUUCUGUGGCGGGAACACGACCGCCUCCAUAGGAACGGGACGCUGUGCCUCGGAGAAGGGAGAAGGCCCACCGAGGAACCGGGAGGAGCUCCUUUGGGUUUGUCUCUGCCAGGGAUAGCAGGAAACCCGAGAGAGGUGCGAGGUUCUCCUGUGACGGUAGAGGAACUCAGAGGGGGGGACACCUACGCACUGGGAGCAGAUAAAGGGGCUGCUCUAUUUGGACCGUGUUCUGGUUGGGGAGGGACUCCCGUUGACUGUGCCAACGACUUUGAUUUCUGCAGCCGGGGCGCGUGUGUGGAGACGGAUCCUCCCGCCUGGAGAUGACCUUCUGGUGGCUAGAUGGGGUGUUCUCAUGGAAACUUCCCACCGUGUGUGUGUGUGUGUGUGUGUGUGUGUGUGUGUGUGUGUGUGUGUGUGUGUGUGUGCGGCGGUCUCCCCCAGUAAUCCGCGGGAGAGCACUGCCACUGUGGCACAGGUGCCAAAGGAAUGUCGACUUUCUGUUUCUGUGUCUCCUUUUCUCCAAAUCACUCUCCUUCCUGUCACGGUUACUUCCUGUGUGUCCGUCUGUGAAUCUGUCUUUGGUCUGUCUGUUUUUCUGUCUUCCUCGUCUUUUUCUCCAGUCUGCCUUUUAUUAUUAUCUCUCUUUCUCUCUGUCUCUCUCUCUCUCUGUCUCUUUCUCUCUCUUGCUUUCGCUCUCUCUCUCGUUCUCGCUUUCUUUCUCUUUCUCUGUCUCUGUCUCCCUCUCUCUCUCUCUCUCUCUCUCUCUCUCUCUCUCUCUCUCUCUCUCUCUCUCUCUCUCUCUCUCUCUCUCUCUCUCUCUCUCUCUCUCUCUCUCUCUCUCUCUCCAGUUUUCUCAAGUGCAGCUUCUUCAAGCAAGUGUUGACUCUGGAACAAUUGUGUUCUUUUUUUUAACUCUGAAAUGUCUGGGUUUUCGCUUUCUUAUAUUAUUUAAUUUGUUUCAUAAUUUUUUGUUCAUAAACUUUUGUCAGAUUUUCUGAAUUUAAAAGAAUAAGUUGUAAUCACCACUUAUCAUGGGAGUGCCAGGGUAAUUGUAGUUGACAGGCUGGUUCUGCAAUGCUGGAAGUAGGUAGCAGCAUUUUAAUGCUUGUUUUGUAAUCCACAUACUCACAAAACAUGUAUAUUUUAACCCUCCUUCAAUUUUUAAAUCUCUCUCUGUCUCUCUUAACUUUAAAUCAACUGCUUUUUCAAAAGGUUGGAUCCAAGCGAAAAAGGUGUCUUAUAUGCGUAGUGAUAUAAGGUAACUCGUUGCUUGGACAGAAAAUCUUAAUACAACAAACUAAUUGUACAGAAAACCCUGUUCUGGUAGCACCUUAGAGAAGAACGCCUUUCAGAAGGGAGAGAAGAAAGGUUUGGAGUUGUUUCUACGCGAUAUUGUUUUCUCCUUUAUAACCCUUUUUAACCUUGUUUCAAAAUGCGGCUGAAAUGACCACUGGUCGUGUUACUGUACUAUAGCCAGGGCAUUGAAGCCAACUUUGUUCCGUGCCAAUCCAAUUCCUGUUUCUUUACUGCUGUCAAUGUAUAUAUGGCCUUCUUAUUCAUUUGGGUGCUCAUUUGGAUAUGUUUAAUUUAUCUUAAAAUGUACAGUACAAGUCUGCCCAGCUGUGUGUUGAACUUUCCAAGUCAUCCAAAUCCAAUGAACAAGUUCAUCAUGUGUUAUAGAGUGUUCAGUUUUGGAUUAAAUAUAUAAAUGCAAUCUGACCGCCCUAAUUGAAACGACAAGUUGCAUCAGGUAAUCAUGAUUAAUUAAAGUAUUCUUACAGAUUGAAGACGAAGUAAGCAUGCGGUCUAGCCAUUAUGCUCAUGGCCUUUGUGCUAGUAAUAAUAUACUGUAGUGUACAUUAACAUGUGUAUGUUUACUUUAUAUAACUUAAAACACUGAAAUGUGUGCCAUCCAUUGAAAUCGAUGUUUGAAUUGAUUUGUACUUCCUCGACAAUGCCCCUGUUCUUUUCCUUUGUCAUGCUGUGCAUAAGGUAGCGGUUUGUAGACGUAUUAUUAUUCAAGCGUCUCCUCUUUUUGUUGUAUUUUGCGCACUUUCUUAUGGCUUAGUUUUAUGAGGUGAAGGCUGUAGCAAAGAAUAUAGUAAAGAGUGACUGAGAAUGUUAGGGGGAUAACAACCUGUGGAUUGAGCUUGAGCCAAAUACUGAAAUGGAAUUAUACUGACAGCACCAUCUCCGGUGAGUUGGUGUGUUUACAGUUGGAAAAUUGUGCAAACUGAAAGAUUUCAAUGACUUCACGGUGAUGACAUUCGUCUAUGUCAUUAACUGGCAGUGUGUUCGGGGCCGCUCACUGUUUGAUUAUUAUAUUCAGUGACAUAUGUUCCAUACAGCAAUAAGAGUGUUCAUUUUCUGUAUUUGGACCUCUUAUAGUAGGCCUAUAAAAAAAUAACAUUUAUUAGGAAACUUAAGAUUAAUUUUGUAAAUAGUAUCUAAAACAGAGUGUGACUUUCAUGUAAUUACUUUUGUACAGACUUUGCUUUGCUCUCCAAUCGCACCAGUCUCCCAAGGGUUUUACAAUGGUGAUGCAAGCCUUCUCCCAACAUGCUCUGAUGAGACGCUAGAAUAGAUUAUCUUAAGUAUUUCUUCAUUUAAAGUUAUAAUUUAUUAAGUUUUCUAGUUUUUUAAAGUCACCCUGAGGUAAAAUUAUAUUUAUAAACUCUUAACCUCUGUAUGCGCUGCAGACAAUUAAAUUGAAAUGCGACCUGACAUGAAUUUCAGACUCUAGAUCAUUGCACAUUGCAACUAAUUGUUUUUUUUAAACCAUGUUACAUUCUUGAUACAUGAUCAAAUCUUUCCCCUGCAUGCUCUUUGGAACAGCACACAUGGGCAGACAAGUAAAGAUAAAUAUGAUUGGAUAUGCUGUGUUCCAUGAAGCAAUGUCUCUGUUUCUUUUAUGAAUCUAUGCAGUUUUGGUCUGGCAUUCCUGCAAUCUUUAAUUGUUGGCAUUUUGGUUUGUUUAAUUUAAGAGACAUUAAUCAAACAAAAAGUGUUAUAGCAUUUUAUAUGGAUGACCUAUUUUGACUUUUUUUGUUUUGAUGUAACAGGAUUGGAAUGGGUAUUGUGCCAAUUUAUGUUUAUCUUUAAAUGUGCAAUAAAUUAUAUUUCAAAUGUG